CCAUCAAAAUUCAAACACACCAACAAUACCAUGGAUAAGACAACGACAGUACUUUCCUCUCUCUUGUUCUUGUUCACAUUCCUCACGAUCUCUUUGUCUAAAGAUCUUUGUAACCAAAAUGACAAAAACACCCUCCUCAAGAUCAAGAAAUCCCUAAACAACCCUUACCACCUCGCUUCGUGGCACCCCGAGACCGACUGUUGCUCAUGGUACUGCCUCGAGUGCGGCGAUGCCACCGUUAACCACCGCGUCAUCGCCCUAACUAUAUUCUCCGGCCAUAUUUCUGGUCAGAUCCCUCCUGAAGUCGGUGACUUGCCGUAUCUUGAGACCCUUGUCUUCCGCAAACUCUCUAACCUCACCGGUCAAAUACAACCCACCAUCGCUAAACUCAAGAACCUCAAGUACCUCAGGCUCAGUUGGACAAAUCUGACAGGUCCAAUUCCUGAUUUUAUAGGUCAGCUCAAGAAUCUCGAGUUCUUAGAACUUUCCUUCAAUGAUCUCUCUGGUUCCAUACCAAGUUCACUCUCUACGUUACCUAAUAUCAUGGCCCUUGAACUUAGCAGGAACAAACUUACAGGUUCAAUACCAGAGUCAUUUGGGUCGUUUCCAGGAACAGUCCCUGACCUUCGCCUAUCACACAACCAGCUCUCCGGUCCAAUACCCAAAUCACUAGGCAACCUUGACUUUAACCGGAUCGAUUUCUCCCGGAACAAGCUCGAAGGUGAUGCUUCCAUGUUGUUUGGUGCCAACAAAUCGACAUGGUCUAUAGAUUUAUCAAGAAACAUGUUCAACUUCGAUAUCUCAAAGGUUGAGAUCCCUAAGGCACUUGGUAUCUUGGACUUAAACCACAAUGGGAUCACAGGGAAUAUCCCGGUUCAGUGGACUGAACCUCCUCUUCAGUUCUUCAAUGUUAGCUACAACAAAUUGUGUGGACACAUCCCAACUGGCGGGAAACUUCAGACAUUUGAUUCUUAUUCCUAUUUCCAUAACAAGUGUUUGUGUGGUGCUCCUCUUGAAAUUUGCAAUCACAGUCUCAUCAUCGCACUGUUGCUGUGGAUUUCAAGCCGAAGUGCACUCUCGAUGGAAUCAAAGAUGACUACGAGCACGUCUACUUCAAAAGAUCCAUUCUUUUGCUUGAAAUGGCCAUGGGAUUCAAACAAACAACCUAAAUCCUCUUCAAGCGUCUGCGACUUUCAAGGACCGUGGCUCUUCAGAUCUAUGCAAACUAUUGGUUCAAUUGCUCUCAGCUCCUUGACUUCAUUUGGUCAAAACCCCAAUUUUAGACCAAAGAAGAAGCCUUUAAGUAGUUGUGAGCAAGGAGAAGCAGAGCAAAGAGCUUUUGCAGCUGCUUUAGCUAGCCAGAAAGUAGCCACAGUACUUGAAUUUUACUCACCUAAAUGCAGACUCUGCAAUUCUUUGCUCAACUUCGUUUUAGAGGUAGAGAAGAGGAAUUCGAACUGGCUUAACAUUACAAUGGCAGACGCAGAGAAUGAGAAAUGGUUUCCUGAGCUUCUCCACUAUGACAUAAAGUAUGUUCCUUGCUUUGUUUUGUUGGACAAAAAUGGACAAGCUUUAGCCAAGACAGGAGUUCCAAGUAGUCGUGCUCAUGUCAUUGCCGGUAUCUCUCAUCUUCUCAAGAUGAAGCGACCACCGUCUGAGUAGUGAAACUAUGCUUGAUUCCACAUCUGAUGCAAACAAGUAAUCUCUAAAAGGUUGUGGAUGGUUUGUCUUUGGUGCAUAAAAAAUAAUAAUUGGAAUCAAAACCGCUGUUCUAGUAUGUGCAUAAGUGAUUUCAAUUGGUACUAAAUUACUAAUGCUAUG